AACAGAGGCAAGCGCUGUGCCACACAGCGGGAGUCCUCCCCGACUCCCCGAGAGAUUUGCUGCCCAGAGCCUUCGAAUCGGGUUCAAUCCCGUCGAUCUUUCUGCCCGCCGCCGCCACGGGACUCCAGAAGUUGCCUUCGAUUCGGCCGGGGCCGUGGAAGCGGGGAUGGGGCUCGGAGAGGCGGCGGGGCGGCUCCUGGCGGCCGUGGACUGGGAGCGCGAGGCCUACCCUGCGUACGACGACUUCCUCGCGCUCCCCGCCUUCGUUCUCUUCUUCCCUACCGUCCGCUUCCUCCUCGACCGCUUCGUCUUCAAGUGGGUUGCAAUGAGGCUUAUACAUGGGCAGGGACAUCAGAGAGCUAAUAAUGACACAGAAGAGGCAAGGAAGAAGAUAAGAAAAUUCAAGGAAUCAGCUUGGAAAUGUGUUUAUUUCCUGUCUGGAGAGCUUUUAUCUUUGUCUGUCACAUAUAAUGAGCCUUGGUUCACCAAUACCAGAUAUUUUUGGGUAGGACCAGGAGAACAGGUCUGGCCUGACCAAAAGAUAAAAUUGAAACUUAAGGCUGUAUAUAUGUAUGCUGCUGGAUUCUACACAUAUUCCAUAUUUGCACUUAUGUUUUGGGAAACAAGGCGUUCAGACUUUGGAGUGUCAAUGUCACAUCAUGUUGCUACUGUUGUUCUGAUUGUUCUAUCUUACGUGUUCAGAUUUGCUAGAGUUGGCUCUAUAGUAUUGGCAAUUCAUGAUGCAAGUGACGUUUUCCUGGAAGUAGGGAAGAUGUCCAAGUACAGCCAUUGUGAUUGGCUUGCCAAUGUUUCGUUUCUGUUUUUUGUUAUUUCAUGGGUUCUUCUCCGUCUCACAUAUUUUCCGUUCUGGAUUCUGAGAAGUACAAGCUAUGAGGUCUUGUUGACUUUGGACAAAAAGAAGCACAACUUUGAUGGUCCUAUAUACUAUUAUGUGUUCAAUUCCCUUCUAUUUUCACUACUUGUUCUCCACAUAUAUUGGUGGGUUUUAAUAUAUCGGAUGCUUGUGAGACAAAUCAAGACAAGAAAUGUUGGAGAUGAUGUUCGAUCUGAUUCUGAAGGAGAAGACGACCAUGAAGAUUGAUUGGGGGCAUCAUCUUACUUUGUGUGUUAUAACGGUGCUUAUACAUUCUUUUGCUGGAUUCCAACAGAUUAUGAGAGGACGAGCAUUGUUCCUCACGAGAUUCACCGAAGCCGGGCUAUGGGUUAGUUGUGUCUUGGCUGCCAAUUUGUGCUGUACUAAGUAUGCAUUAGAAACAACGCUGCAAUGCAUUAGAAAAAAAGCUGGAACUGGAUGUCGAAUAUAACAUUCUUUUCAGUGUUCACACAAAGUGCAGCGGUAAAUGUAGCACCAAUUUAGGGGCCGUUCGUCU